AUGGGCGGUUGCUUCUCUUCGUCCGGGGAGUACGAGGAGUCGGCGGCGGCCGGGUACCGGCGGCCGCAGCGCGUGAGGCCGAGCGACCAGGACGGCAUCUACUACGUCGGCGAGCGGGACGUGGACAACAAGGCCGGCAUCUACAUCGCCAACUUCCACCGCUACCAGUCCGAGGUCGUGCCCAUGACGCCCGCGCCCUCCUCAGCCGCCGCCUGA